AUGACUAAGCAAGUUUUCAGUAAUGGUGGUGGUCGUAGUGGUGCAUUUAUCGCUUUGGAUGCCAAUCUUGAACUAUUAAAAAGGACUGGGCAGAUUGAUAUUUACGAAUAUGGGAAAACAAUGGUUAACUCCAGGCCGCAUUUAAUCGAUUCUGCUGAUCAGUAUCAAUUUAUAUAUGAAGCGCUUGCUGAGGCUGUACUUUGUAAUAUAGAACCGAUAGCUAUGUGGCAACUGAAAGACAGAAGUAGCAUGUAUAAAGCUAAAAAAGAUCGACAAGUCAUGGAAGCACAGGAUGCGCAUGAAAAUAAGUUACUAGUAAUGUUAGCGCCAACUCUUCGAAUAGGUGAUUGUGCUGGAGGCCAUCGACUGGAAAAUCGUGGUAAAAAUAGAGACGUGAUGGUUGUUCCCCCUGAUCAUGCACGACCAUAUUUACAAACCUUACAUGGCGAGAGUAAGGAUUAUACCUACAUAAACGCUGUUGAAGUAGAUGGAUUUCGCAGAAAAAAUGAAUUCAUCAUUACUGAAUGGCCUAAAAGCUCCACAAUUGAUAGUUUUUGGACUUUAGUAUUUGAUCAUAGUUGUCAUACAGUUGUGAAUCUCAGUAAUCAAGGAAAUUCUAGGACAUAUCCGGCAUUUUUGCACAGCAAAGGGAAACAAACUUAUGGGCCUUUCGUAGUAGAAAUUCUCAAUCAUCAUCAAUAUCCAUCGAUGACCUCGCAUAUGGUUAAAAUCAUGAAAAAGGUAAACUCUAUAGGAAUUAAAUAUCUAGCAACCACAUUUCUAAAAGUUUGA